CUUGUCUGACGUCACAUCCGUCUCUCCAGACUGACUUUUGUCUGCCGGCAUUUUCUUUUUAUUUUCUCUGUGUCGAGCCGCAACCCAUAGAUUCAUCUGCUGGUUUGUUGCUCGUCUACAGAGACACAGACGACGGUUGUUCUGUUUUUGCCAACGGUAGUCUGCUACACAAUGCCCGGGUUUUCAGACAGAGAUCGCGGCAGAGAUAGAGGGUAUGGUGGGGGACCCCCUCGUUUUGGAGGUGGUGGUGGAGGCAAUAGGGGUGGACCUCCUCCAGGAAAAUUUGGCAACCCUGGGGAGAGGCUGCGGAAGAAGCACUGGAACCUUGACGAACUUCCCAAGUUUCAGAAGAACUUCUACCAGGAGCACCCAGAUGUCACCCGCAGACCACUUCAAGAGGUUGAGCAGUACCGAAGAAGUAAAGAAGUUACGGUCAAAGGCAGAGAGUGCCCCAAACCAAUCAUGAAAUUCCAUGAAGCUGCAUUUCCAAGCUAUGUCAUGGAUGUUAUCGCCAAACAAAACUGGACUGAACCAACAUCUAUUCAGUCUCAGGGGUGGCCAGUUGCCCUUGGUGGCAAAGAUAUGGUUGGCAUCGCUCAGACUGGAUCUGGAAAAACCCUUGCAUGCUUAGUGCUGGCACCAACCCGUGAGCUGGCUCAGCAGGUGCAACAAGUGGCUGCUGAAUAUGGCCGGGCCUCCCGUCUCAAGAGCACCUGCAUCUACGGUGGUGCACCCAAAGGACCCCAGAUCAGGGACCUUGAGAGGGGUGUUGAGAUUUGCAUCGCUACCCCAGGUCGUCUCAUUGACUUCCUGGAGUGUGGUAAGACUAAUUUGCGGCGUUGCACCUAUCUGGUGUUGGAUGAAGCUGACCGCAUGCUGGACAUGGGAUUUGAACCGCAAAUCCGCAAGAUAGUUGAACAAAUCAGGCCAGACCGCCAGACUCUGAUGUGGAGCGCCACCUGGCCCAAGGAAGUUCGCCAGCUGGCUGAGGACUUCCUAAAGGAUUAUGUCCAGAUUAAUAUUGGAGCACUACAGCUCAGUGCUAAUCACAACAUCCUGCAGAUAGUUGAUGUUUGCAAUGACAUGGAGAAGGAGGACAAACUGAUCCGUCUGCUGGAGGAGAUUAUGAGUGAAAAGGAGAACAAGACCAUCAUCUUUGUGGAGACCAAAAGGCGUUGUGAUGAGCUCACCAGGAGGAUGAGACGAGAUGGGUGGCCAGCAAUGGGAAUUCAUGGAGACAAGAGCCAGCAGGAGAGGGACUGGGUCCUUAAUGAGUUCCGAUAUGGCAAAGCUCCAAUCCUCAUUGCUACAGAUGUGGCCUCCCGCGGCCUAGCUCUGAACUGUUUUAACUUUGUUUUGCUUACAGCAGGGUUGGAAUUAUUGAGUAAACCCAGAGCAUUAAGUGGAGUCAUAGAGACGUCUCCUAUAGUGCAACUAUGAUUGCUGCACUUUUCCUUGACUGUUUUUUGUUACAUUCCUCAGUAAUUUAUUUUUACUAGGUAAUGCAGUGGUUUCAGUUUGUGUUAAGUUUCAAGUGAUGUUCUUGAAGAUCUCAUGAAAAGGGUGCGUGUGACCCUUUUGAAUAAAAAGAGACGAUGGAAA